CCCGCACUGUGUCCCCGCCGCCAGCUCCGCGCAGCCUCCCCCGUCCCCGCCGCCGCCGAGCAGCUUCCCCGUCCCAGCGGCCGGCAGGAGCGAGCGAGCCGAGCGGCGGGAGGUUUUUGUUGCCUAAUUCCUCACACGAAGGCAUGAAGUUUCUCUGGACCAGCAUGGGUAUAUAAGCAUUUUCAAGAUGGCUAAGAACUGUGGUGAAGAACCAAAUGGAAUGACGAGAGGAGGCACCUGCUUCUACCAACUUCUACUGACAUCCAACUCGCAUAUUUGACAGCAUGGUUUCCUGACAGAAAAGUAUAUUGUGUAUUUUUUUUCUGAACUCCAAGUCUGCAUUAGAUAUACCAUCAGUGGUGGUUUUGGAAAGAUGAGAAAGGACGCACUAUGGGGCAACACGAUGAAACUGAAAAUGUCUGCUAUUCCUGUUGUGUGCAUCCUGGCUAUGAGACUUUUCUUGUGACUUCUGAGCUUGGUGCUGUUGGCCUCAUGGGAACAAAAUAAAACGAAAAGCAACUUGAUUUUGGUAAACAAAAUGCCACGGAGAAGGAAAAUUGGUGGGAGUCCUUCACGGAAGACCAUAGCUGCUGCUGUUGUACCCCUGGGGAACCCAAGCCUGUCAGUGUCACAAGCAACCUACCGUGUCAAUAAGGAAGAGCUCUUCAACAGCAUGUCAGAAAUGUUUUCUGAUUUAGAUCCUAGCGUGGUUUAUAUGGUUCUCUCUGAAUGUGAUUUUAAAGUAGAAAAUGCUAUGGAUUAUCUGUUAGAGCUGUCCACUCAUGCUGAAGGAGCAGCGUCUUCGAAAGUCUCAGAUUUUGAAUCGGUGGCAUCGUCAUUAGCCCUUGUCAAUCAGCGGAGAUCUGUUCCAGAUCAAAGAAUGUGGGAAAGUAUUGUGAAACGCUGUAAUUCUGAAGAAGAAAAAGAAAAGGUCUUAUCACCUGAUGCGCCGCUGACUGAAGAACUGGAUUCCUUAAUAGAAAGCGCUUUUCAGAGAUGCAGCUUGAGUGAUGAAUUGCCUAAUUCUGCAAAUGACCAAAUUGUAUGUGAACACGAUGGCUUUAAGGAAUUUCCUGAGUGGGAAGAAUCAGAUUUGGGUCGCGAUGUUCUACUUUUUCCACAGCAAAUAGAGACAGAUAAUGAGGUUUUAGAAAACUGCUAUUCUCAACUACCAGUGGGUCAGCUGAACAUCCAGACACCAGCUGAACAUCCCACAUCACCAGCUGCGUCAGACCCUUUUGCACAAGCAUUAGGAGAUUCCGAUUUGUCAAAAAUACAUGUUCACCAUGACAUAGCUUCAGCAGCCUUUAAACAAUCAAGUGGAGAAACGUCAUGUGGAAAUUCUGAUCAGGCACAACAUACUGUUUCAGAUAAUAAAAGUCUAACUACUACUUCUGGUGAGUCUUCCCAAAGAACUCUGGAACUUGGAGCAGCUAUCACUGAAGAACCUAAUUCACAGUGCCUGCAACAGCACGGAGAGUUAAUGAAUGCCUGUUACAGCCACAACGCUUCUCUUCCAGAAGCCUAUGCUUCUCUUGAAAAAUCCAGUCUCGAAACACCGAAACUUAAGGAUUUUCAGCAAUCUGAGCAGGAUUAUAGCUUAAAUAUUUCUACACUGUCACGUCGGACUCAACAACAUUGGAACCCUAUGGCUCCUGUGUUUUAUCCAUCCAGUGAAAGUCACAGCUUUGUAACUCCAGUGGCUGCCAGUCCAGGACAGUGGAGACCUGUUUCAGACUGUAGGACAUUGGAAAAAGGACUUGCUUUUUCUUCUCCAGUGGUUCCAAAUGCCUGGGACAGCAGCCCUUCUCUGAAGGUAUGGGAAAAUCAAGAUAGAAACUCAAAAUUGAACCUCUCGCAAGCACAGCAGCCACCUGUUUGUCACAUGAUGAGAAAAAAGAUGCACCUUAUAGGUCAAGUACUUGUUCUUCUCAGAGGUGUUCCGGGAUCAGGAAAAUCAUAUUUGGCAAGGAUGAUUCUGGAGGAUAACCCAGGUGGAGUUAUUCUUAGUACUGAUGACUACUUUUAUAGAGGUGGAAAAUACCAUUAUGAUGCGUAUUGCUUAGGGGAGGCACACGACUGGAACAGGAAACGAGCCAAAGAAGCAUUUGAAAUGAAAAUCUCUCCUAUAAUCAUAGACAACACAAACAUACAAGCAUGGGAGAUGAAGCCUUAUGUUACUUUGGCUCAGCAGUUCAAAUACAAAGUGAUAUUUCGAGAGCCGGACACAUGGUGGAAGUUUAAACCGAAAGAACUUGAAAGACGGAAUAUUCAUGGGGUACCUAAAGAAAAGAUCAAGAGAAUGUUGGAGCAGUAUGAACGUUGCCUUACUGUUAACUCAAUCUUGGCUUCUUCUGUCCCAGAAAAAUCAGAAGUUACUGCUUGGAAUGAAGAUCCUUGUCAGGAGGGAAGUCAUAGAGAAAGGGAAGCACAUCCUGUUAAAAAGGAAAACAAACCUUUUGCUUCUGAUUUGGAGGCUGAUAAUUUACCUGAAGAUGAUAAACCUCUUUCCAGUUCUUCUCUAACUUCAGAAAGUAAUUGUGCUCCUGAAAGUUAUCGGAAAGAGGAAACAGAAAUGGAAAAUAACUCAGUGGAACACAGCACUGAGAAAAACACUGUUCAAGGUGAUUUGGAUGUUGACCUGCCAAGUUGUGUAGAGGAAGAGCUGCCCUUGGAGGAAAAAGGAGAAAAAGGAGAACGAAUGGAAGAAAUGACCGAAACAGAAAUGGAUGAGACUGAUAUGAUCAAAACUGAAGAAACUGUGUGCUUGCAUAGAGGAGUUGAGAAACACAGUAAUAACAAUAUUCUCACAGUUCAGACUGGAACUGAACAAAACAGUGAAAUAGGCAUGGAGUCAGAUUCAGCAGAAAGAAGUAAAGUAGUAGAACCAAGCAGCUCAGCUAUGGAGGCCUCAGGAAAACCAGAGCUGCUGAACUUUCUCGGUGACUGGCCUGUACAACAAACAAUGGGACAGAGAGUCAAAAGAAAUAGAAGGCUAGAAAAAUCUUCCCUGAAGAGUGAUAAAGAAGAUAAAACUCCCGGUCAGCAUCCUGAAUUAGGUAAAGAGCAUGCUGGCCUACCUGAUACCUGUACUGUUGUAAAAGGCCAGGAGGAAGAAAAUACAACCUCUAGCUGUUUCUCUGUUAGUUCAGAUAAAGUUGCACCAGACCUGCAAAUGGCAGGACAGUGGCCAGUAUCACUAGAACAGCGACAACAAAGGUCAAGGAGAAUGAGAAAGACAAGUCUAAGUCAGACUGAUGAAGGUAGAAACACUGAGGGUGAUGUUAAUAGAAGUGCUCUCGACACUGUAGAUGUGCUUCGUGGGACACCGGUGGACACUGUAGAACAGGAUGUGAACGAGUUGCAUUUUCACCAACCUGAAAUGGUAGGUAGUGAGACAAUUGCUAAGAAAAAAACCCAGCAAAAUAAGAGAACAAAGAAACAUCACAAAUUAGCCCUCACCUUUACAAACAACAAUUUGCCCCACUCCAAAGAAGAGGAACAGUUGUCUGUGCCUAAUUCUGUAGAAGAGAAACAAGAUGCAUGCUCAUGUAAACAGAUAAGUAGCCAUUCACAAACUGAAUCUCAUGAUUUUGCUCUCUUGUGGAGAUUAGAAAAUAAAAUGCUUUUUCCUGAGACUGUCAAAGUAUUGCAUGGAAGAUUAGAUGGCUUCAAACCCAAAGACAUUAAUAAUGCCUCAGGUUCUCAGGAAAAAAUACCUUAUCGAGUUACGUAUGAUAAAAGUACAUUUGUGGAAGAAAGUGAACUUAUUGAUAUUGAUGAGACUGAAAAGCUAAAUAUGCUGUGUAAGCUCUUUGAUUCAUUUUCAUUUGAAGCUGUGAAAGAUCUGUACGAAAGAUGUAACAAAGACAUAAACUGGGCCACGGGCCUGCUUUUAGACUCUGAUGAAAAGUUACACGAAGAUGUUAGUACUGAAUGGUUUGAAGUAAAAGAAGCUGAGCCAGUUGUUGCAGACUUUGAUUUCAAGGAAAAUAUCAACUAUGAUGAGAAUCUUGAAAAUUGCACCCACACAGAGCAAAUCACUGGGGCUACCAAUGUUUUUGAUCCUUCAGAAGACAAGAACUCAUCACUCAGCACUGAGGAAAGUACAGCUACCAAGACAGUUGUGACAGAUGCUGGUGUGUCUGACUCAUUUACUGCUGUCCUGUCGAAUGAUUCGGUGGAACUGAAAAGUUCCAGUGAUACAGCUCCUGAAGGCUAUGCAGGCAGCUCAGCAACAGGUGUCCAUGAGCAGUGCAUUUCUGGAAUGCAGAAGAUGGAGUCUGUGAGUCCUGUUGAAGAAGUGAUGAACAAGCUAUCAGUCUCGCAAGCUGAUGUAGAUUUAUCUGUACCUGUAACUUUAUCUCAUGCUCUUAAAACAACCAGCAAUUCAAAAUUAAGUGAUGAAAGUGACAGUAACUCUUCAGAAAGCAAUGCAGAGAAUGCCAAAGGGAUGCCUUUGUUACUGGAAAUGGAUAACGUACCUCUGAUAGAUUCUAGGAAUGAUAAAGAACUGGAGUCUGAUAGAGAAAAUCUGGGGAGUUCUGGGGAGAUCAGUGGUAAAGAGGGAAGUGGAAUUUUGAGCAGGAAUGAAGAUAAGGCCAAGAUACAAAGUCCUUCACCAGUAUCGUCUGCAGCCUUUGAUAUAAAUAGCCUAGAACUAACAUUACCUCCUGAACUGGCUCUUCAGUUGAAAGAAAUAUUUGGGCCUGUUGGCAUUGAUGCAGGAUCGCUAACUGCUGAGGAUUGUGUGGUUCACAUUGAUAUGAAUUUGGCAAAAGUGAUUCAUGAAAAAUGGAAAGAAUCUAUUCUGAAGCGUCAGAGAAGAGAUGAAUUGUGGAAGUUGUCUGCAGAAGACAGUAAAACGCAGAAGAAAGGAACGAUCUGGGUUUCAAGCUCAUCUAAUGAAAUGCAGACUAAAAAAGCGGCAACAUCAGAAGUUUUUCCUUUUAUGGAUCACUGGAAUGCUCGAACUCAGAAAGUUUCUCUCAGACAAAUAAUAUCUGAAGAAAUAGCCAUGCAGGAGAGAGAGGACCUGAAACGCGUUCCUUCUAUGGCUAGAAAAGAUUGUGCUGCUAAACUGAAGGAGAAACAACUUUUUGAGAUGUUUCCAACUAUUAAUCAAAAUUUCUUAAUGGAUAUCUUCAAGGACAAUAACUAUUCUUUAGAGCAGACCGAACAAUUUCUGAACUGUGUUCUGGAGGCAGAUCCUGUAAAAACAGUUAUAGCUCAAGAAAGUGUUCAGCGAAAUGAAAUUGCUUCUUCAUACAGUGCUGCAAAGAACCGGGAGAAGGCAAGAAAAGCUAAGGAAGAGGAUGAUGUUUUGAGUGAAAUAUUCCAAGAUUAUGAGUAUCCACAGUAUGAUGACUUCAGAGCAGAAGCUUUUCAUCACCAACAAAAGAGGAAGGAGUGUUUGAAAAAGGCUGGGGAGGCCUAUCACAUGGGAAUGAAGCCUGUGGCAGCAUUUUAUGCACAUCAGGGUCGCCUUCAUGAGCAGAAGAUGAAAGAAGCCAACCACGCUGCUGCUGCGCGAAUCUUUGAAAGCGUAAAUACUUCCUUGCUGCCUCUGAAUGUGUUGGAUCUGCAUGGGCUCCAUGUGGAUGAAGCUGUGAAUCAGCUGUCCAGAGUGCUGCAGGAAAAAAGCAACGAGUAUCAACAGUCUGGUGGUAAACCUUAUCUCUGUGUUAUCACGGGAAGAGGAAGCCAUAGUCAGGGAGGAGUUGCACGCAUCAAACCAGCAGCUAUCAGAUACCUCAACAGCCACAACUUCAGGUUUGCAGAAAUAAAGCCAGGCUGCCUGAAAGUCAUGCUGAAUUGAAGGGUUAAUGGGAAGAGGAACGUAACAAAUGAGAUGUUGCAUUACAGCUAAAAACUUUCUGAACAACUGCAAUAAUAUUUUCUAAUCUGUUUUAAAGGAUGGUAUUUAUUAGAAGUGGUCUCAAUUUGCGGCAAAUGGUCUUGUAUGUCAGUUUGUUUCCAAGAAUGUUUUCUGGUGCGAUAAAUCUUUUUUUAUAUAUAUUAAAAGAGAGAAAAAAAGUCAGGAUUUGAAGUCUUCAUCAUGUGGAUUAAAAAUUCUGAUGAGGAUUUUAUAAUGUUUUUGAAGGAAGUUGAGGUACAAUUUUUAGAUUCGGCAGCCUUCUUGGCUUACUCGGUCCAUAACUCUCACUUCACCCAUUUAAAUUUCAGCUAUUUCAGUGUUUGGGGAGUGUAGGACCCUGUACAGUUAUUUUGUGAUUCAGAACUUUAUGCAAAUUCCUUCUGAAUAGCAAAGGAGAGGUGGGAACUCAGCAACUAUUGCUAUUUCAAAUCCUGUUACCACUGAAUGGUACUGUUUCAUUUUACAGGUAUUUAAUAGUGAUGUCUUAAUUCUGUGCAUAUUAACUUUGGUAAUUUACUUGUGGAAAGUCAGUUUAUCUUUGAGACAUUUAAAAUGUAACAUUCACGUUCAAUUUGAUGUUAAAAAUACAGGAGUAAUUGCCCGUCUUGAAGAAGAUAUGAAAGGUACUCUGUUCAUGGUGGUGUUGCAUCUUGAAUCUACCUGUGCUUUAAAAACAGAAACACAAAAUUGAGCCACAAAAACCAACAACAACCCAAAGACUAAAAAGCCCCAAUAAACAGAAACACCUGUACUUUGGCAUGGAUUUUCAAUAAGCAGUUGCAGCCUUUUUUCAUUUCACCUUCUACAAUGAAUUACAUCUUACAUCUUUGCUUUCUGAAGGGCAUAGGAAUGUAUUAAACCAGUUGGUUUUAUUUUUUGUUUGCUUUUUGUUUGUUUGUUUCCUAAUGUAAAGCUUUGUUUUUAAGAACGGAUAUUAGGAAUAGUAUGAAUAGGUUAAGGAUUAAUAGAGUUUUUCAUUUUUAUAAUAAUUUCUCUGUAAAUCUUAUCCAGGAACUUCAUGCACGUGGAAUUUCUGUACGAAUCCAUGUGUGUGCAAGUUCUGCCAUUUGUGUGCAUGGGUAGCAUAAGCAAGGAACUUCUGUGAGAAAAGCUGUGCACAGAAAUAGGUUUCAUUGCAAAAUGUGUUGCUGACAAAUGGAAAGACAUGAAACUUACUGAAUUUACUACUGUAUUUACUGUAAUAGAUACGCAGUGAAUGCACUGUGCGAUAGAUCAAAAAAUGAGUUUGUCAUGCUUUAAUAGAUACAAUAAUCUUUUUUGGUGAUUUUAAAUGCAAGAAUAGCUUGAGUAACAUUUAAUCAAACAGAUUCUUACUGGAAUAAUUGUUUAAAGUAAUAAGUUUUAUGUUUUUUGUGGGUACUUUAUUCAUUCAUGCCCCUUCUCCUUGUUGAGAUACACUGUUAAGCAGUGUUUGAAAUACAAAAUAUUUGGGCUCCCCAAACAGCGCUAGCAGGGUUGUUUACGCUACUGCACCUGUGAGGUGAAGCCCGUGCUCCAUCCUCUCUGACUGCCUAGAAUGAGAAACUGCUGCAUCUUUCAGGCUCUGGGGCUGCAGACAUCUGAAAUGUCUACAUGGAGCUAGGAUCGUUCUUCUGGACAAAGAAAGUUCCUUCUAUUUUUGAGCACAUUUUCCUUACUACUGCUUUUUGUACUGGGUGGAGAUGUGGCUCUCUGGGGCACAUCUUUGCAGCAUAGUCCCUGCUGGUUGCCUUGAGUUACCCAGCAAAGGUCUCAGUUUAUACUUAGAAGUGUCAGUGUUGAACUGCUAGGCACCAAAGUUAUAGUGUAUGUGAGCUUGUACCCAGAGAAAUGCUUACACUGCUGGUUGUGUUGGGAGGGGCACUCAGCACAUUUACGCCAUUGUGGCACGGACAAAGACAGCUUAGAUUUUGGUUCAGAAGAUGAGCAGGAGUUGUUGCCUUGUCCAUCUGUUCAUCUUAGCCUAGUUGUUGAUGCACUUAACCUGGAGGUGAGAAGCACAGCUUUUCUCCUGCUGUCUAAGUGAGGAACAGCAACUGCACCUGGUUCUCACCCAGAAAAUGCGCAACCUAGUGGGCUCGGGGUCCUCUUGAAGUGCCACUUUCUGAGCUUUUCUUGAGCCUGCUGCUGUAAGAUUAACAAAAUAAAACAAGGAAAAACAACAUUGUGUGAAAGAGAUUACAGUUUAAAAAGUCUAUGGAAGGUGCACCCACAGAUUUUCUCAUUAUUUUCUCUCUUUAUGUGUUUAACCAAAUAGGGUUAAAAAUGUGCAAGGCAAAACCUCUGCUCCACACCCUACUAGGAGAGCUUUUCUCCUAGUCAGGCAGUGGAGAAGAGCAGAGCUGGAGCAGCUUGGAAUGCUUCUCUUUAUCUCUGUCCCUUGUGCCUUUGAGUACAGGCCUGAGGUACUUUGGAUACCCUACCUUCCUACAAGCUGGUUGUUUGCCUAAUUAUAACUUGUUGGUCUCAGGCUGAAUUUAGAUGAAAACUGUGUUUUAAUCUUGUAAGAGGCAGAAGCAGUCUUGCUUUUAUUGAAAUUAUAGACAAAGCCUCUAUCAGCUUCAGCAGCUUGACACGAGGCAUUGCCCUGCCGAUUCAGGGGAAAGAUGAUGAGCUCAGCUGUUUUCAUCUGUAGGAGUUUGUGUGCUUAGAAGCUUUACUGAAUGGGAUAUGGAAUGGAGCAGCAGAUCAGUGGAGGGAGAGAAAGUAGGGUUCUGUUAUUUGAAAGCAUGAAGAUUCUUAGUUCUUGCCAAACUAUCCAGAAAAACACACUGGAAUUCUUGUGUUUCUUCAACUGUUUUUUAUAAUAGGAUUACUACCUUAUAGCAGUAUGAAUUAUUUAAGAUAGGGAUGUUUGAAAAUGACAUUUGAAAAGAGGUUAUGUUCUAGACUUCCAGCCUUUCUGACGUCUUUUGCAGUUGCAUCAGUGCGAGUCAUGAGGCACGUUGUGAAUAUUGUGCAUUUUGUAUUUGUAACCCAGGUAGCACUUAGUCGUAUGGCCACCAGCACUCUGAAAUAACGCGCGACUUUUCAAAUGCCUGUGUUGUGUGCCACUUGUUAAUCUACUCAGCAGCAUGUGGUUGCAAUGGCUGCUCACCUCUGAUGUGACUUUUGGUUUCUUCUUCUAUGAAACAUUUUAAUGCUUACUUCAGAUUUUAAUAUAGGACGAUUCUCAAAUUGUUCAUGCAAAAUUCAAUUCAGUGCUGUAGCACUGAUGUGUAGCCCUACAGUAAAGAAAGAAAAGGAGGAAAGAUGGAAGAAAAAGUUCCUAUGUGCAAUGGGGAUUGUUAUUCUCCAAAGUGGUGCGAAUGUUUGGAAGUAUAUUUCCAUUGGUCACGAAAGCAGUGGGGCAGAAGUGAUUUUUAAACAAUACCUUGAUAUUGCUAGGAUUAACUUGGGUUUUGUUUUUAAUCAUACGUGGUAUAAUCUUGUUUAAACUUAGUGGUUUUUUAUAGGCCUGCUGAAGGACACCUCAGGCAAAAUGUAACUGGCAUUUUUUGUGGCUAUUGGGAACCAUUGUGACAUGGAAGUCUUCAUUGUAGCAAUGCAGAUGCCCUUGUUUAACCUGGUUGGUUGUAUGUAGAGUGUCAGGAAAGAUCUUCACAUAUUUAGCAGAACAUGCGUUCUAAACAAGUACAUGAGCAGAUGAAGAGUAACCAAAUCGUUACUUAGUCUUGCCACAAAAUGUCUAGUAAGUAAGAGGACAGUUUUUAUUGUCGAUGAUAGCCAUGAAAGAUCAUAGUAAAUGUACUGUGAUAAAUCAUACGUGGACUUCAUGUUGCUCAUGGUCAUGUCUUCAAAUGCAUUUCACGUUUACAGAGUAGCAUUGCCCUCUUCACAGAGGGAGGAAGAGGACACAGUACAGUGAAAAAGAAAUGUUUGUUACCACGAUGUCUGUGUGUCGAAAUUAACACAAAUGGUGUUUCAAAUGGUGAAAACCCAACUGAUAAUGCUAUUUGAAUGCUACUUCAACUAACUGAAGUACGCUGAGUACUACGUGACUCUAUGUGAAUAUGCAUGUGAAAAGACAAGAGUAUUCUGGUAACUACCAGGGGUCAAAGCUGUCAGGACCAGUACAUUGGAAGAUAUCAAUGUCUAUUUUUAAAUUGAAAUUUAAGAGAAAAAAAAAAAACAUAGAUUUUUUUUAUUGUAUAAAGUUGUAAUUUUGCUGUUAACUAUAAUUUUCAUCUUUUUUUUCUACUGAAACACAAUUUUGUAAUUGCAUUUAGAAUUUCUAAUGUGAAAAGGAAUUUACAAAAUCUAGUUUAAUAAAGGAUUUUUGCCACAA